AGUCACUUUAGCGACUCAGUCAGCAGUGAGCACCAUGAAAGUCUUCGCAGUUACCCUCGGCGUCAGCGUCCUGCUGGCCUCCUGCAGCGCCGGCAUUAUAUACGGCGGCCACGGAGGUGGCGGGCAUGGUGGAGUCACCACCAGGGUGGUUGUGUCUGGCGGCCACGGUGGUGGUGGUGGUGGUGGUGGCGGCGGCGGCGGUGGCGGCUACGGCGGUGGCGGCUACGGCGGUGGCGGCUACGGCGGUGGCGGAUUCGGUGGUGGAUUUGGCGGCGGGUUUAGUGGUGGAUUCGGAGGUGGCUAUGGCGGCGGCGGAAUUGGUGGCGGACACAGUGGUGGAGUCACGAGAGUGGUUCACGUAUCCUCUGGAGGCUACGGCGGUGGCGGCGGCGGCGGCGGCGGCGGCGCCGGCAUUGGCGGAGGCUUCAUUGGUGGCCACGGCGGCAGCGGCGGCGGCUAUUACGGCAAAUGAGAUUCCCAGACUCCUUCAGCAGCAACACAUUGUGUCUUGAACGACUUCGACCACCUGUAUAUACAUAACACACUGCUCCUCCUCCUCCUCCUCCUCACACAGACGCAUCGCCCCGGCACCGCAUGAGCGCCAAGCCAAGUGAUGGCGGGGUCAGAUGUGCACAAAAAACAAACGCCGGAGAAAUAACUAAGUAAGUGAACUCACAAUAAAAUGUUUGCAGCAUCCA